CAAUAUCUGAAAGGCAUAGACAAGAUGUUACAGCUGUAUCAAAUGGAGGGCGACAAGAAGAACAAAGCUGAGGCCGCAGCUAGGCGCAUUGAGAGCGGCCAGAAGAUUGUUCUCCUGAAGCAAGCACUCAAGCGAUACGAAGAGCUACAUAUUGAUAUGGAUGCCGAUUCACCGGACGGUAUGCGCAGAUGGCAAUGCUAAUCUCGGGAGGCCUGCUGACUCUACCAUUGCAGAUGACAGCAUCAAUAUGCCAAACCUGAGAAAGCCCCUGACGGGUCAGCUCUCAAUUCGUAUCCUGGCCGUCAAAGACGUGGACCAUGCCCCUCUCAGUCGGUUCUCACGCGCGCCAGAGACGUUUGUGGCCAUCAAGGUGGAGGACCAAGUCAUGGCUCGAACGAGGGCGACGCGAAACGACAGAUGGGAAGCCGAGUUUCACAACAUCUUUGUCGAGAAGGCGAACGAGAUCGAGUUGACAGUCUACGAUAAGCCGGGCGAGCAUGCCCUGCCUAUCGGCUUGCUCUGGGUGAGGAUAUCUGACAUUGCUGAAGAGCUCCGUCGCAAGAGGAUCGAGGCCGAGACAAACACGACUGGUUGGGUGUCGGCGGACCGUCUAGGCGCCAAUCCCAGGAUCCCUCCACCGCAGUUUCCGAUGGGCCCCCAGAGCCCACAGUUUGCAGGCCCGCCCACGUCUCCGGUGCCGCCGCAGCAAGGACAGAUGUACAAUCCGCCUCCGGCACACCCCCCAAUUGUGUCACAGCCGAUUGAUGCUUGGUUCAACCUCGAGCCGACAGGCCAGAUCCAACUGAGCCUCAACUUUGUCAAGGAGAACAAGGAACCGCGACCGAUGGAUGCUGGUCUCAACCGUAAGGGUGCUGUCCGUCAGCGCAAGGAAGAGGUUCACGAGAUGUACGGCCACAAGUUUGUCUCACGCCAGUUCUACAACAUUAUGCGCUGUGCCCUCUGCGGGGACUUCCUCAAAUACUCGGCAGGCAUGCAGUGCGACGAUUGCAAGUACACAUGCCAUACCAAGUGCUACACCAGCGUCGUCACAAAAUGCAUUUCCAAGAGCAACUCGGAGACCGACCCGGACGAGGAGAAGAUCAACCACCGUAUUCCCCACCGUUUCCAGCCUUUUUCAAACCUUACAGCCAACUGGUGCUGCCACUGCGGCUAUAUGCUCACGAUUGGGUCUAAGAAGAACUGUAGAAAAUGCGUGGGUAUGUAUCUCCUGGGCUCUCCUUAUCCGCAUCCCGUAAUAGACGCUGACAUGCCCAACAGAAUGCGGUCUCACUGCUCACGCACAAUGCGUUCAUCUUGUUCCCGAUUUCUGCGGCAUGUCCAUGGCCGUCGCAAAUCAGAUCCUGGAAGGAAUCCGAUCCACCAAACGAACUCGCCAAGAAAAGGCUUCGUCUAUGAGCGAGCGCACGCUGCGAGCGGGCAGCAAAGGAACAACAAGUAGCGCGCAAUCCGCGGCGACAUACCCACCGGCUGCGUACGGUCCCCAGGUGGCCUCUCCAGAGGCGACCGAAGCAGCAAAGCUCAUGUACAACCAGGCC